ACAUUUCCCGAUUUCUCCCGGCUGUAUCCGCCGUACGGCUCCCCUACAACGGUCGGCAGCGAGUCGAGACGACGACGGUCGGCCAGCGUGCCUCUAAAAGCCCGCACACAUUCCGGCCAGCUCACCGUCUUGUCCCGGAAAAUCGAAGCGAGCCGAGAUUUGAUCCRGAAGGAGCGAUGCCGCUGUGAUGACCUGCGUUUCCUCAAGGGAUUGUUCUCCAGUCAGACAAGUGGGACAAGUUCCAGCCCGGAUCCGGUUGACAGGUUUACGUGAUGGGCAGGCGAUGGAGUCGUCCAUCAUCUUUCUUCCCCAGUGACUAGCCCUGCCAGCCUUCGCUCUUCAGGCACGAGUGUGUACCGUCAAUGCAAGGCCCCCCUUUUUUUUUUUUUGCCAUGGUGACAUAAGCGGCGCUGCAACAUGAGGGAGCGCCAACAUCAUCGUCUCAUUUGUUUCUUCGGUGGCCGCCGCUGCUGCUGCUACGUUAAUGCUGUUUAGCUUAACGAGAGCAGCGAGUUUUUGGUGAGCGAUUCCUGCUCGUGUUUUUGUUUUGUUUUAUUUUUGUAGUUUUUGUUUUUAAACACACACACACACACUGAGAGAGACUGUCCCCUUGGCGUGUUGCUGGGCCGGUGGGGCGGAGCGGUGUGGUGAGAGACGAUGCUGGGAUGUGUGUCACGCCUCCGCCGGCUGGUCCGCCUCCUUCCCCUGCAGACCUCCCUGCUCCUCCUCUUCAUCUUCUGCACCGUCAGCGUCUUCAUCUUCUCCUACUACCUCUAUGGCGUCAAGCGGGAGCCCGAGCCGUCCGGAGUGGGCAUGUCCGGGUCCGAGGGACUUCCCCAAGACUUGGAUUAUCCAAGGGUCGUUCCGUCCCGGCUCUUACCCAUACGAAGUAUCCCGGGGUCUAAUGGAGUGGACCUCGGAGGGACCAGGACAGAUCCUGUGGUUCUGGUGUUUGUGGAAAGCCAAUAUUCUCAAUUGGGGCAGGAGAUCGUGGCCAUCUUGGAGUCGGGCCGGUUCAAGUAUCGGACCGAAAUCUCUCCCGGGAAAGGGGACAUGCCCACACUGACGGACAAAGAGCGAGGGCGUUUCACGCUCGUGAUUUAUGAGAACAUUCUCAAGUACGUGAACUUGGACGCCUGGAACCGAGAGCUGCUGGAUAAAUACUGUGUGGAGUAUGGAGUGGGCAUCAUUGGCUUCUUCAAGGCCAAUGAAAACAGUCUGCUCAGCGCGCAGCUCAAAGGCUUCCCCCUCUUUCUUCACUCCAACUUGGGUCUGAAGGACUGCACUGUCAACCCCAAGUCUCCACUUCUCUUCAUCACCCGAUCUGGACAGUCGCUGCCAGGUCCUCUGCCCGGGGACGACUGGACCGUGUUCCAGUCCAAUCACUCCACGUACGAGCCCGUGUUGAUGGCAAAGACCCAAUCAGCAGAGAGCGUGGCAUCGAUGGGCCAGCAUGCGGCAAUGCUCCCGUCGGUGGUGCAGGACCUGGGACUUCACGACGGAAUCCAAAGGGUUUUGUUUGGCAACAAUUUGAACUUCUGGCUGCACAAGCUGGUUUUUGUAGACGCCGUGGCCUUCCUGACCGGGAAGAGGCUCUCUUUGUCCCUGGAGCGCUACAUCCUCGUGGAUAUAGACGACAUCUUUGUGGGCAAAGAGGGCACCCGCAUGAAGGUGCCCGACGUGAAGGCCCUGUUGGAGACACAGAGGGAGCUGCGCACCUAUGUGCCCAACUUCACCUUCAAUCUGGGCUUCUCAGGGAAAUUCUUUCACGCUGGAUCUGACGAAGAGGACCUGGGAGACGACCUGCUGCUUUCCCACGUGAAAGAUUUCUGGUGGUUCCCUCACAUGUGGAGCCACAUGCAGCCCCACUUGUUCCACAACCAGUCGGUGCUGGCCGAGCAGAUGUUGCUCAACAAGAAAUUCGCCACGGAGCACGGGAUCCCCACUAACAUGGGCUACGCUGUGGCUCCUCAUCACUCUGGCGUCUACCCCGUACACCUGCAGCUGUACGACGCCUGGAAGAAGGUUUGGGGCAUCAAGGUGACCAGCACUGAGGAGUACCCACACCUAAAGCCCGCCCGCUUCAGGCGAGGCUUCAUCCACAGCGGCAUUAGCGUGUUGCCCAGGCAGACUUGUGGUCUUUUCACACACACCAUCUUCUARAAAGACUACCCAGGCAGUCCGAAUGAACUGGACAAGCUCAUCAACGGAGGGGAGCUCUUCCUCACGGUUCUGCUGAACCCCAUCAGUAUUUUCAUGACCCAUUUGUCCAACUACGGGAACGACCGCCUCGGCCUCUACACCUUCAAAAGCCUGGUGAUGUUCGUGAAGUCGUGGACCAACCUGAAGAUGCAGACCUUGCCUCCGAUCCAGCUGGCCCAGAAAUACUUCAGCCUGUUUCCCUCUGAGAGAGAGCCCCUCUGGCAGGAUCCUUGUGAGGAUAAAAGACACAAGGACAUCUGGUCCAAAGAGAAAACGUGUGACCGCUUCCCCAAGCUGCUAGUGAUUGGACCUCAGAAGACUGGAACAACAGCUCUCUACUUYUUUCUMGGGAUGCAUCCAGACCUGACCAGUAACUACCCCAGCAAGGAAACGUUUGAGGAGAUCCAGUUCUUCAAUGGACACAACUAUCAUCGAGGCAUCGACUGGUACAUGGACUACUUCCCUCUGCCCUCCAACACCAGCUCAGACUACUACUUUGAGAAGAGUGCCAACUACUUUGACUCUGAGGUGGCUGCUCAGAGGGCGGCAGCUCUCCUGCCCAAAGCGAAGAUCAUCACCAUCCUCAUAAACCCGGCGGACAGAGCCUACUCCUGGUACCAGCACCAAAGAGCUCAUGAUGACCCGGUGGCUCUGAAAUACUCCUUCCAUGAUGUCAUCGCCGCAGGCCGCGAUGCUCCAGUCAAACUACGGGUCCUUCAGAACCGGUGUCUGGUACCAGGGUGGUACGCUAUCCACUUGGAGCGCUGGCUCAGUCUCUACCACUCCAGCCAGGUGUUAGUUUUGGACGGACAGAUGCUGAAAAGCGAGCCCGCCUCCAUCAUGGAUAAAAUUCAGAAGUUUCUCGGCCUCCCAAACGUCAUCAACUACCACAAGAUCUUAGCGUUUGACCCCAAGAAAGGCUUCUGGUGUCAGCUGCUGGAGGGAGGAAAGACCAAGUGUUUAGGAAAGAGUAAAGGACGCAGGUACCCCGAUAUGGACCCUGAGUCCCAGGAGUUCCUCAGGGAGUACUACAGGGAUCACAACAUCGAGCUGUCCAAGCUGCUCUACAGGAUUGGCCAGCCGUUACCCAGCUGGCUCAGAGAGGAGRUGGUCCACACCAGGUAGCAGUACCUGCUGCAGGAGGAAGACCACUGCUCCACCCCGCAGGGCUCACCGACCGCGUGGCCUGAAAUGGUGAAGAUCUCCGGUUGUUUUGACAGACUGGAGUCUAAUGAGGAUCUGAGGGCAGAGGGGGGGGGAGGCCUAACUAGGAGCUCAACACUGAACCCUGAUCUUCCAAAAAAGAAAAUAAAUAAAUAAAUAAAAGCGGGGGCGAAACCAGGAACCCCCCCCCCAAAUGAUGUGUCCGCCGGAGGUUUUCAGUUGUAGAGACUGUGAUGCACACCAGGGGACCUCCGCUGUCGGAUAAUCAGCCCUGUUCAUCAUCAWACUGUCAUCAUGCCAACUGGGCAUGAGAAAUCCAGGAAGUGACAGGUGUUUUUAAUGAGACAAUGUGAUGUAAGCYUUAUCACGUCCACACCGUAGUAUAAACUUCAUAAAAGGCAGCGUGAUGGACAGAGAAACUUUGGUACAAACUACUUGUGAGGAGKAGUGUUUGUAUGAGAGUGAAGCGGGACGUGUGGCGUCUUGACUCCGGCUGCAUCUUUGUAGCCUUACUCYAAUAGGCCUUGAUAGAAACUCUAGUUAUUACAUUUACAAGUGCCAGGACAGAAUCUUCAUUUAACUAUCAUCACAUGYACUUCUGAGGGUUCUUCUUUUAAACAUUUCUGUUUUUUAUUCGUUCUGGUUUAACUUUUAUUUUUUGUUUGUUUGUUUUUGUAAUGCUGAUGGAAAUGCAUAUUUGUAGAAUGUACCAAACCGAAACAUGUUCACUGCGUUUGUUUCACACUCAAAAGAAAAUAAAAGGCAAAGGCAGGACGUGCAGUUCGGUCCUUUUCAAACUGUUUUUGUCCGGGGGGGACAGUAAGAAGAGACGCUGAAAGCACAAAGGCACUCGGGGCAAAGCGUCGAUUCUGAACGUCCAGAUAAACGGAGAAGCACACUAACUAAAAUGGGUCCUACUACAGUCUGUGAAGAGAAUCAUAAGCUAGCUACUGUAUGUUUAUUCAGCACUCUGGUUCUGCAGAUUCAGAUCUGUGUACAGAAGAAGAAAGUGCAUUUCAGCAUUUUUAUUUUAUUUUAAUUUUUUGUCAAAACUGUACAUUUUUGUUUUAUAGUUUUUGUUUUAAUUUACUAGAAGAGUUUAAAAUUGUGGGGGGUUAAAGGAAACCUACCAGAACAACGUAAGAGAAACGUGCAGGUGGUUGGUUUGUCAGUCAUCUUGUUACCAUUGCAUCUAGAUGUCAAGCAUUGGUAACAAAAAUAAAACAACAAAAAAAAAAAGCUGCUCUUACUGCAAUAGUUUUGUACAUUGUUCUGAUCUAAUAAUGCACAGGACAGUCCGUCAUUUCCUGACUUUGUAAUGUACAUAAAGCGAAACCCUGAGUAGACCUAAAUUAUUGAAUGUGUUUGGGUUUACGCUCCCAUCAGCCUGUUCUCGUAUCGUGACACAUCAAGCGCUGCACCGAGGGCAGUCUGGACUCUUUAUCAUACGAAGCGUGUCUCUUAAGAGUGUUUUUCCUCUCACGUCCUCUCACUGCCAACUGUUGUACAGGAAAAAAAAAAAGAAAAGAAGUGCAGAGUUUCUCCAUAUAAAGUAUUACACAUAACAGCAACGAUGGUACUAAUCUCCAGGACUGUAUGAUAAAGAUUUGUAAUUGUUGUCAAUAAUUUUUACAGUGUAACUAAUAUUGUCGGUGCUUUUUAAUUUGCAAAUAAAACACCACUGUAUUUUUCAGUAA